CAAGCUGCAAACGGUUGCUAACUACUGAUUAGCUGUCGGUAGGGGACGGCUGAACACUAUCACAUGCAGGUGGUUAAAAUACAUCUUGUGGUUUUUCUUAUAACUGAAAUUUAUGCCACCAAAUUUUAGAAUGGAGUCACUUAGGUCUUACAGUGGAUCUCCAGAGAGAUGAGGACAGUUGAGUAGGGAGAGGAGCAGGAAAGGGGAGAGGCUUAGAGCUGGAGGAGAGGAGAGGUGACUCACAGCCCUGACGGACAGCAACGUGGUGUCCUCUGCUGGUGUCUCCUGAACGCUGUUGUCUAAAUGUGACAGUGUCUCAUGUGUUAGCCUUCUUAGAACCUCUUCUUGGCAAUACCCACAGCCUUACUUAUCACCUACUCUAUGGCUUUGACACUAUACCUGUGUCUCCCUGUACCCUGCAGACCUCUCCCAGGAACCCUAGAAUCCUGUGUCCAUGUAUCAGCUCAACUCUGCUGGAACAUCCAACAGGAUUAACUUUUAAAGAAUCAAUGUUACAUAAGGAAGAAGCCAACAAGAGGAAAGAAAAGGAAUCGAGAAUGGCUGUUAUCCAGGGUCUGUUGACAUUCAGGGAUGUGGCCAUAGAAUUCUCCCAGGAGGAGUGGGAAGACCUGGCCCCUGCUCAGAGGACUUUAUACAGGGACGUGAUGUUGGAGAACUACAGGAACCUGGUCUCCCUGGGAAUCUCUCCUUUUGACCUGAGUGUUGUCUCCUUGUUGGAGCAAGGAGGAGAGCCCUGGAGUGUGGAUGGCCAAGUGAAAGUAUCCACAAACCCAGUCAAGUGGGAAAGUGUCAAAGGUGUGAACACAGAUACCUCUCCUAAAUGUGUCAUCAAGGAAUUUCCCCCCAGAGGAAGAAGUGGUACCAGAGAAAUGUUCCAGACAGCAAUGUUGCAGAAACAUAAAAUCCAUGACAUUCAAGAAUUGUGCUUCAAAGAAAUUGAGACAAAUAUACAUGACUCUGAGUGUCAUUGCAGAGAGGAUGGAAGACUUGACACAGGAUUCUGUGUGAAUCAAAAUGAAAAUCUCACUGACAGAAGAGAUGAACAUGGUCAAAGGAAUGCAGGAGAGAAACAUAGUAAUUGGCUUGGAUUAACCUUUCAGUCACAUUUGCCUGAACUGCAACUGUUUGAAAGACAAAGGAACAUUUAUGAGUGCAAUUAUAUUGAGCAGUCUAUCAACAGUGAUUCUUCCAUUUCAUCCAACCAAAGAAAUCCUUCUAGUGUGAAAAAAAAUAUUUCUCAUGAAUAUGAAAAUGAUUUUCUUCAGUCUUUAUCUUUCACCCAAGAACUGGUGAUGCACAUUAGUACAAAACCUUACAAAUGGAAUGAGUGUGGAAAAACUUUUACCCAAGGUUCACAGUUUACUAUGCAUCAGAUAGUCCAUGCUGGGGAGGAACACUUUAUAUGUGAUAUAUGUAGCAAAGUCUUCAAUCAGAAAUCAAAUCUUAUAAGCCAUCGGAGAAUGUAUACUGGAGAGAAGCCUUAUAAAUGUCAUGAAUGUGGAAAAGUCUUCAGUAAAAAGUCAUAUUUAGCAGAGCAUCAAAGAAUCCAUACUGGAGAGAAACCUUAUAAAUGUAAUGAAUGUGGCAAUGUUUUCAGGUAUAGGUCAUCUCUAUCAAAGCAUCAAAGCAUCCAUACUGGAGAGAAACCUUACAAAUGUAAUAAAUGUGGUAAAGUGUUCAGUUGUAAUUCAAACCUUGCAGAACAUCUGAUAAUUCAUACUGGAGAGAAACCUUUCAAAUGUUAUGACUGUGGGAAGGCAUUCAGUCACAAUUCCUGCCUUACCUGUCAUCUUAGGAUUCAUACUGGAGAGAAACCUUACAAAUGUAAUGAAUGUGGAAAGGCCUUCAGACAAAAGUCAGAUCUUGCAAGUCAUCGAAGAAUUCAUACUGGAGAGAAACCUUACAAAUGCAAUGAUUGUGGCAAGGUGUUCAGUGUUCACUCAUCUCUAGCAAAGCAUCGCAGAAUUCAUACUGGAGAGAAACCUUACAAAUGUAAUGAAUGUGGUAAUGUUUUCUGUUGUAAGUCAUCCCUAACAAUGCAUCAAAACAUUCACAGUAGAGAGAAGCCUUACAAAUGUAAUGAAUGUGGUAAAGUGUUCAGUUGUAGUUCAUAUCUUGUACAACAUCUCAUAACUCACACUGGAGAGAAACCUUUCAAAUGUAAUGAAUGUGGUAAGGUGUUCCUUCGGAAGUCCCACCUUGCAAGUCAUCGUAGGAUUCAUACUAGAGAGAAACCUUACAAAUGUAAUCAAUUUGGCAAGAUCUUUAAUUAAAUUUCACACCUUGUGAAUUAUAGAAUUCCCACUGCCAAGAAACCAUAAAAAUGUAACAAGUGGGGAAAAGUAUUCUAUCCAAUUUCCCAUCUACAUUAUUAAACAGUUCAUACUGGAGAGAAACCUUUCACAGUGUAAUGAAUGGGAAAAGUCUUUAGUCACAAAUCCUACAUUGGACAACAUCUGAUUAUUCAUACUGGAGAAAAACUUCAGAAUUGUAAUAAUUGUAGGAAGGUCUUCAGUUUAAACUCAUCUAGCAAAUCAUCAGAGAGACAGUGCUGGAGAGAAAUCUUACAGAUGUAAUGACUGUGGUAAAGUGUUCAGUUGUAAUUUAUACCUUGCAGAACAUUGGAUAAUUGACACUGGAUAGAAAACUUUCAAAUGUAAUGAAUAUGGCAAGGUGUUCUGUUGCAGAUCCCACACUGCACAUUGUCGUAGGAUUCAUACUGGGGAGAAAACUUACAAAUGUAAAAAAUGUGGCAAAGUAUUCUGUCUAAACUCAUUUCUAGCACAUAAGAGAAUUCAUACUCCAGAGAGACCUUCAAAAUGUAAUUAAUGUGACAGUGUUCAGUCUAAAAUCCCUAGCACAUCAUUGGAGAAUUCAUACUUGAGGGAAACCUUAGAAAUGUAAUAAAUGUGUUGCAUAUCUUUAGUCAAAUUUGACAUCUUACGUACCAGAGCACUCAAAGGGAAGCGAAAUCUUACAAAUUCAGUAUCUGUAGCAAAGCUGUUAGUGUGUGUGUAAGCCUAAGUAAGCAUAUAAUCCAUACUGGAAAAAAUAUGGCUUAGUUUUCUGUGACAGUUCCUAACUUGGAAUUCAUUAGAAAUCUCAUCGUGAAGAGAGCUGAUGGCUGAAUGAGGCAGAAGACUUCAAUCAGUGUAAAGUCUUUACAAUAUUGGACAGUUCCUGCUGUAAAGAAAUUUCAUAUGUGAUCAGUAAGGCAAGCCUUGAGUUUUUGUGUGUGUGUGUGUUUUUGUUUGUUUGUUUGGUACUGGGGAUCAAACUUGGGACCUUACACUUUUGAGGCAGGCACUGGAACCACUGAGCUAAAUCCCUGGCCCGCCUUGAGUUAUUAAGUCUUACUAACCAUAAGCUAAUCCAUAAUGGAAAGAAAACCUAGCAGUGUAUUGGUUGUAACAAUGCUUUGAGGUGAAAAUUAGACAUUACUAUUCACCAGAAAAUUCAAACUGGAAGGCACCUUUCAAAUGGAAUGAGCAAUAAAUCUGCAAAUACGCA